AUGUCAUCCUCGUCGUCCACAUCGUCGAAGCCGCGCUCUCCGCGCCAGGACCGGCUUCCUCAGCGUCAUCCGGCUCGGAUCAACACUGCUCCCGCCUCGUCGCAUCGCGCACAUCCACCGUCUCGGUCCGAUGCGGCUCAUCCGUCGCUUGCACAGCUUCGACAUGCCUCGGCGUCCAAGACGUCAAGCUCUCCUCAUGCCUGCCACAACUGCCAUCAGAUGGACACGCGCUUCUACUGCGACCCAUGCCUCUGCUCCCGAAUAGCUGCCCACCACAACGAGAUCCGCAGGCUCUCCCUCGCCAAAGACAAGGCAAGGCAAUCAGUCGAGAUGCUCCUCUCCGAUCGAGCCCACUCCGAAGCUGUCGAUGCCGUCCCUUCAUCUUCUCCAGCCGCGCAGGCCGCUCCCUCCGCCACGUCUGCGAUGCCGGCCGCGCUACCGGAUCCUUUCAGCAUCAACGCAUCCGAAGCUACAGCUCCAGAUUCGCCUCACAGCACGCUGCUGCUGCAGCCACUCGUACAGCUGAGAGCACGCCGAGCAGCGCUCAGCUCGCGCGUUCAGAACAUCCACCAGUGCAUCGCUCACUCUCAGCAGUCCCGCCUCGAAUCCCAAGAAGCUCUCCAAGAGCAGCAGGCUCGUAUCGUGCUGCGCAAGCACAACCUCGCCAAGUCCUGGUCCAGUCUAGAAGGAUCUUCGGCAGCUUCCUCUCCCUCCGCCUCGCAACGAGCUCGCCACGCAAACAAGUCGCGCUGGCUCACUCAUCCAGCCGCCGACCACAUCGAUACCCCUCUCAUCUUCACCGAUGUCUACACCCACUACGAACGGCAGGACGAGGCUCCUUCCACAGACUCCCCCGCAGAGCCCGUCGAUCUGCAGCUCGGCGCCGUCAUCACCCGCUCCCGCCUUCAACUCGCUUCUCUCCAAGCAGAGGCUACUGGAACAUCGACCGAACUUGCAAACGCUAGAGCCACACUCGCCCGCGACGCCUUCCGUCUCUUCUCGGUCUCUCCGCCCGAAUCUAUUCAGUCGCUCAAGACGGCCGUGUCCUCGACGCCUCGCUCACGUCGUGUCGACCUGUCGGAGAGUAGCUCCGUCGCACAACGCAUAAGCAAGCUCUCUGAAAGGUACAUGCCCGGCGCGUUUGGGCUGUCCCAACAAUCGCAUGGCCACGCCACCGGCACCGAUCAGGCUUCCGUCGCCAGCACGAGCGCCCACGCAUCCGACCCCAGACAUGGCUCAUCCAAGAGCACGUGGUCGAUCGCCGGCCUGCCUCUUCCGCUGCCGAGCGAGGUGCGAAGGCACCCGCGUGAAGACGUCAACGGUGCCGUGACGUACGCGGUCGACCUCAUCCGGCUGCUCGCCACCUACCUCGGCAUUGCACUCCCCUUCUGUAUCGAGCAGCACAAGGGGCGCUACUCCCUCCGACCAGAUCCGCUCUGGGACGGCGGUGGUGGCUCGAGUGCAAAGACGCUCUACCUCUCGUCGCGAGCCUACGCUCAUCUCACUACUACCGCUUCCACCGCGCAACGCGCCUCCAAACUCAACAAUCUGGCUGAAUCCACCAUCGGUCUUGGCGCUUCGACGCUCUCCACCAUCGAGUCGUACAUUCACUUACCCUCGGGUGCCGGCUUACCGUGGGGUCUGACUGCAAAUCAGACGCCCAACUCGAAAGCCGCCUCUGGCUUUCAAGAGGCAGACUCGGAAGCGCGACAAGAGGCGAGGACAGAUAAAGGACGCGAUUCGGCCUUACCCUCAGGUGGCAGCUCGACCGAUGCUCAGUCCAAGCCCGACCAAGCGGCUCGUUCGUUUGUAUCGGCGCUCGUCAUGCUGUCGUACGACGUGGCCUAUCUCGCCGUCAAGCAGGGCAUCCAGCUCGAUCUCGUCGCCGCGGCUGCCAACCCUCUGCAUCUCUUGUCCAUGAUCAUACGCCAGUCUGAUCUCGGUCGUCGCGCGCACGCCAACCACAUUCCUGCGUCGGGCAUUGCGGACCUCAGCCUACAUUCGCUUGACUAUGAACAGCUCGCACAGAUCCUCGAGCCGAACAACGCCGCAGCGGAUGGAUACAAGCGCGGAGGCUCUUCGCGUUCUGCAAAAACGGACUCGGCCUCGGUGCCUCGACCGCGUGCGCCGGCUGCACCGCACAAGAUCCUCGAACAGAGCUACGUCGAUGUCGGGGAGGCGGCAGCCUCGGUGCUCGGACUCAAGGAUCCGUCGGUUGCCGCUCGUAAGCCGAGCGCCCGGCAGGUUUUGGCUGGACCAGCUGCGCAGACUGGUGAGGCAGAGCGAAAGACAUCCAAGCCUCAGCCUGCCCCCCUUCUCACGGCCGAUGACGUGCAAGGUCAAAAGAGGACAGCCUCAAAGCGCAUGCUUUCCACAACAGCUCAGCCUCCUCCCUCACUCGAGUUCCUACGCCAACGAGGCCGCGACGCUUCCAGGGCCAAGGGAGACGCCGGCCCGGCCACCGCUGCCAACCCCGGCUCAGAGAGAAAAGACAGGGCAUCCAAGCCAUCAAGACAGGCUACGGUCCCAGAAGACGAGACCGUAAAACAAGCCAGCAGGAAGAUCGGUCCUGGCGCUGUUAUCUUCAACGGCGUCGAGGUGGGUGUCGGCAACAUGAGUGUCGAUGCAGACCGAUCCGCAGCAGGGCCUAGCCGGGGACCGCGCGAAAAGCACCGCAAGCAUUCGACUGAAGAAGGUUGGGAUCUGGUCUGA